UCGUCACUCAUUGACCCGUGGCGUGAAACUCACCGCAGGCUCAGCGACGGAGCAGAACCCACCGGCACGGCAGUACGUAGCUACGUAAGGGACAAGCGCUGCAAAAUGUCGGCGCCCGAGUUGGAGUCCCUGGAGAAAACCUUGGAGACUCAUAUUCCGAAGGAUGAGCUGAGAGAGGUUAAACGCAUUUUAUUCGGAAAGGAAACUGAAAAGUUGGACCUCCCGGCAUAUGCUGUGGCUGCUGCCUCAGAGAAGAACUUUGAGUUGCAGGGUUAUGUGUUUGAAGCUGCCGAGGAGCAGCUCAGGCCCCCUAGGAAGAUCCGGGUCGGACUCAUUCAGAACCACAUUGUACUGCCAACCGAUGCCCCUGUCCUUGACCAGGUCACUGCCAUCCAUAGCCGGAUCGGUGAAAUUGUUGACGUAGCAGCCAUGUGUGGCGUUAACAUCAUCUGCUUUCAAGAGACAUGGACCAUGCCCUUUGCUUUCUGUACCCGUGAGAAGGAACCCUGGACAGAGUUUGCAGAGUCUGUCAAAGGAGGAAACACCACUCGCUUCUGCCAAGAGCUGGCCAAAAAAUACAACAUGGUGGUUGUGUCCCCCAUCUUGGAGCGGGAAGAGCUGCACAGCACUCUGUGGAACACGGCGGUGGUGAUCUCCAACUCAGGAAAUGUGCUGGGAAAGACCAGGAAGAAUCACAUUCCCAGGAUCGGAGACUUCAACGAGUCCACAUAUUACAUGGAGGGCAAUACUGGCCACACCGUGUUCCAGACCCAGUUUGGAAAGAUAGCUGUGAACAUCUGCUAUGGUCGUCAUCAUCCUCUCAACUGGUUCAUGUACAGUAUGAAUGGAGCUGAGAUCAUAUUCAACCCUUCGGCUACGGUUGGUGCCCUCAGUGAGCCCAUGUGGUCUGUCGAGGCCAGGAAUGCUGCAAUAGCAAAUCACUGCUUUACCUGUGCAAUCAACCGUGUAGGGGUGGAACACUUCAAAAACGAGUUCACUUCUGGUGAUGGAAAUAAAGCCCAUCACAAGUUUGGACAUUUCUAUGGAUCAAGUUAUGUGGCUGCUCCUGAUGGCAGCCGUACCCCUGGGCUCUCCAGAACCCGUGAUGGACUACUGGUGGUAGAACUGGAUCUGAACAUGAACCGGCAAAUCAGUGACAGAUGGAGUUUCAAGAUGACUGGGCGGUAUGCUGAAUAUGCAGAAGAACUUGCCAAGGCUGUCAAACAUGACUUCAAACCCAACAUAGUCAAAGAGUAGAACAUACUGUACCUCAUUCCCUUCUGGGUCCAUGUCAGUACAACAGACCAAGGUUAAUUAAUAAUUGAUGCAAUGAAGCAAUUUAAGUCUUGCUGUUUGCAUGCCUUAAAACACCAAACUGGGUUGUUUUCCUUUUCUAAGGCAGUCUAAUUUGGUUCCAUUGUGUCAGCAAGUAACAGAAAAUAUCCACCAAAUAAUCAAUAAAACCAGAUCUGAUGUGGCUGCACACACAAUAUACUGUUGUUGUGUUUAAAAUGGAAGGAAUGUAGUUAUAGCCCUAAAUCACAUCUUAGAAGGCUUUACAUUCCCAGUUAGAAACAGGUGGAAGCAAUGAAUGAUGGUAGAUGGGAUGAACACCACUGCAUGUGACAGUGACAAGAGAAAAAUGGAUCAUGUGUUCAAAAUCCUUUAUUGAUUACAUUACAUAAUAAAUGCAGUUUUCUCUUUAAAAAAGUUCUGUUCCAAAUGUGCCAUUUGUUCAUACCAAACACACAAACAAGAAGAGAUCAGGCUUUUCUUAAAGAUUUAGGUCAGCCAUUUCAUGGUAAAAUAGAUCAUUUAAAUAAUACAUAAUUAUGUCUGUAUGAAAAGCAGUAGUGCAAAAACCUUCAUCCAUCAUAGCGAAAUAAAAAACUACAACUGGGUGACAAUAAUGUCAUUUUGUGUAGUCUACAAUAAUAUAAACUAUUUUCAAGACGAGUCUGUGCCAAAAAUGUCCAUUCUGUUAUGUCACAAGAUCGAAAAACCCUGCAAGGCAUCCAUCUGUACACCAUUCUACCAGGUUCACAUUAACUUGAUCCAUCUGAUGUUGAGCUCUUCUUCCAAUGAGGUGAAAACAAAAACAGAUGAAUUCACAUUUAAACACAGUCAGCACAUCAAAGCAGCAGAGCCUGGCUGAUGAUGUUGUCCAUGUUGCUCUGCAGGGCAGAUUUGGUUCCAUAGACAGGCUAUUAUGUAUUGCAUUGAAUUAGCACAUGAAAUGCUCUGUCAUUUCACACAAACAUAGCACAUUAAUUACCUGAGACUUUCCAAACACAAUGACUCCUUCCAUUCCCUGUUGAUAGAACAUACUGAGCAAGACUGACAGGGCACCAACAAAGGUGUCUAAGUACUCAGCUAGAAAUAAUUAAGAGGCAAGUGAGGGUGUUGCUA